UACUGUAUCAGGAAAUUGUCAAAGUCCCUCUGACGGGAAUUGCCGAAAGCCGUUUAUUAGCAAAAUUUUAGCAACAAUUUUUUUUUUUUUAUUUAUUGCUAACGUCGUGUCCGGACGCGAAUACGUCGUCGUCGUCGUCGUCGUCAAGAGUUGCUCGGUUCUUCAAGAGUCUCGGUUUGCUGGAGAGUUGGGACAUGUCCGCGAAUAAGGAAGUCGAAGAUCCCCCACCCCUGGAAUCCAGUUUCGUGAAGACUGAAGAGAAGAAAAAGAAGAAGAAGAAGCUGACGAAGGCCGGGAGGAAAAAGCUUCGGCAGGAACAAACGGAGACGUUCUCGAAGCACAGAAGAAUCAUCGCUAGCGAUAAAACCGCUGGCGAUUUGCAAUUAGAGAGGGACCUGUUUGGAGGCGAAGCUGAACUCGUUGAGACUUUCGAGAAGAAAGCUGCUGCCAAACGGGAAUUUCAGCAAGUCGAUGACGAAUCUGAAGAUGACGAUGAGUCUGGAAUUGCUGAGGAUGAAAUUCCCGAAAAGAAGAGGAAGAAGAAAAAUAUCAAGAAGCCGGUUUGGGUGGAUGAAGACGACGAGAAAACCGAACUCGGUCAAGUUGUGAACGCUUACACGAGAGGAAAGCACCAGAAACUCGAGGGCAGUAAACACUCGUACAAAAAUUAUGUGGAAAAGCGAUUCGAAUCCGUGUAUGGAUCUUCUCCCGACUGGGCGAAAGUCAAAGCUGAUGACGCGAAAGAUGAGGAUGAUCCUUUGUUGAUGAGAUCGACUGUGUACUUGGACUCGAAAAGGGACGCCUUGCCAGCGGGUGACAUUAGACUGGAAUUUUGCGCAGAACUCAACUCGGAGCAGAUUGAGGGAAGUUUGCAGGCUGUGCAGUUUCAUCCGUGGUCGCAGGUGGCCCUGGUUGCCGGGACUGCAGUCGUUGUGUCCUUGUAUCAGGUGACUGUGACAGAAACCAAUUGCGUGUUUCACGCGACGAGGAGCAUUCGGUUUAAAAGCCGCGAAUUGAGGUCGGCGACGUUUUCAGCGAAUGGCAAUGAAAUCCUGGUUGGCGGUGGGAUGAAGAGCCGGAAUCUGUUCGUCUUUGACAUGCUUUCCGGGGAGACUAAAACCUGCUUCUUUCCGAAAGAUCGUCAAUUUCCUUGUUGGCAACACAUUGCCGUUCAGCCCGACGGGGAAUUUAUUGUUGGAAAAGGGUACGGUGAUGAAGAGAACUGCGUGCAUUUCAUCAGUGGCAGUUCCAAGCAGUGGAUUUCUACUGUCCGCUUGUCGGAUACAGUCAAGGCCUUUUGCUUCAGUCCGUGCUCUAAUUACUUAUUAGUCACUGGAGGGUACGGUGAUGAAGAGAACUGCGUGCAUUUCAUCAGUGGCAGUUCCAAGCAGUGGAUUUCUACUGUCCGCUUGUCGGAUACAGUCAAGGCCUUUUGCUUCAGUCCGUGCUCUAAUUACUUAUUAGUCACUGGAGAUGGAGGAUAUAUUCAUGUGGUGGAUGCAAGGUUGCGAAGGUGCGUGAAGCGGUACAAUGACAGUGGUUCCUUGGUUGGAACAGCAAUAGCCUUCAGUCCUUGUGGGAAUUUGUUGGCUGUUGGCAACGAUUCCGGCGUCGUGAAUAUUUACAAUGCCGAGUCCUUGUUGAAUGACGUGUCGAGUAAAAAUAUGGACCCGGAACCGAUGAAGACGAUCAUGAAUCUUGUCACUACCGUGGACAUCUUGAAAUUCAACCACUCGUCGGAGAUUCUGGCAAUGGCGUCUUCGAGGAAAGAAAACGCUGUGAAAUUGUGGCAUGUGCGAAGCAGAACGGCCUUCAAGAAUUUCCCAGCACCAGGCAAAAAUUACGGCAAGAUUAUGGCGUUGGAUUUUUCUCUCCAUUCGGGAUUUUUAUCGUUUGCAAACAACAAGUGGAAGGCCAAGUUGUUCAGGAUCCCGUUUUAUCCAAGUUUUUGA